CAAUUCCCUUUGUAAAACAAGACCUGGCGGAGGCCGUAUUACGACGAGCUUGAAAUGGCGGAGGGUUGUGAUCCGGCGACGUCGCACAAUUUACAGGUUUCUUCUGUGCGUCAAAGUGAGCAGUGGGACGCUUUCGGUCGCGUGCGCGAGGAUGUUCCCUAUCACGCACAACACGUUCACUUCGGGCCUCCGGAUCCUCGUGCUGCAGUGGCGCGCGGGAGCAGAACGUGUCACCUGGUGCCGUCGCAGACACGCGAUAGCAGGCAGCAGUGGUUGCGCUUCUAAGGUGCCACAGAAACCAACCUGGGAAUCAGUGGGAGAGGAUCAUCUUCCCCCACCAACAAAGGUUCCUCCAGACCUUGUGGACAAGCUGGAGCGACUGGCUUUGCUGGACUUCCGAAAUCAGGAUGGAGUAGACUGCUUGGAGAAAGCCAUACGAUUUGCCGAUCAGCUGCACGUUGUGAACACAAAUGGAGUCGAGCCAAUGGACUCUGUUCUUGAAGACCGAGCACUGUUCCUAAGAGAGGACCAUGUAGAGGAAGGGGACUGUGCAGAAGCACUACUCCGGCUCUCCAAAAACACUCUAGAGGGUUACUUUGUGGCACCACCAGGUAACAUCCCACUCCCAGAGAGAGAGGAUCGUGCUGCAUUACUAAAACAUUCAGAGUUUUGAUUUUUAGAACUGCUGCUUUUCAUACAGUACAGAUUUCAACACACAAACCGGAGAUGUAUGGUUUAGACCAUUCAAACUAAACCAUAACUUAACAAAUUAAUGGAAAUUGCCUAUAUUUUAUUCAUAAUCACAGGUAUUCAAAUUUUUGGCACUUCAGGAAUACAGUGGUUUACAAUGUAUUUAAUGUAAUUGAAAUCAUGGAGUGGAGUAUCUGGAAGUCCUGGGACUAAUCAUACUUAAAAUAUAUUCCAAUAAAGACUGAAAACUGAAUAUUUAAAUGUAACAUUUGGUUUUCUGAUGCUCAUUUUGUGUCAUUCCAUAUAUCCAUUACAUAAAUUCAGAUUUUUCUGAGGGAGUGAAAAUAUCAUUGCACCCCUUUCACAAAUCAUUGUCAUGUGGAGGCAUUUAGUUUUACAGGUGCCGUACUACAAAAAGUUGGCUUUUUGAUGUUGGGACACAUGAAUGUACCACUGAACAGGGUAAAACAUCUGAAAUGGGAAAGUCCUGGUUCCACCUUUUAAGUGAGGGGGGAAAUAAUUCCUUCAUGCACAUCCAGUACGAGACACAAAAGACAACUGCAGAAGAGGGCGUGUAGACUAGUUAAAAUGUUUCUGAUCGGGGGUUGGAGGAAGGACAAACUGUCCAGAAUCAAAAACUAUAACAUGGUGCGAGAUUCAGUGCAGUACCAAUUUAAGAACAGAAAGGCUAUGGUGGGUCAGUGUCCACGACAUGGGGUUCCCCCACACUGCGUCAUGACUGUUAGAGAAUGUGACCGCAGCUGACAGUGAAGUGAUGGGUCGGGCUACCCUUCCACAUGGAUACAGCCUGAAGGUCCCCUCCUCUCUUCUGCCACUGCCUCUAUCUGCCGUGAACACCUCAGCAGAGACGAGAGGCUCAGGACAGAGCUGGUU